GUUCAACAUCGACGACGUUGGGAUAAGACAGAAACCAUUCCGAUGGCUCUGGCUUCAUCUCUAACCUUCUCUCCCUAUCCACUUUUGAACUCGCGCGCCCUCCCACCAACCUUCUUCCAUUUCAUCAAUGGCGCGCCUUCCAAAAUUUCACCACUAUCCGUUUCUUCUACGAGUAAUCCCCUCAAGUUGAAGCUCCGACGAACUUUCAGAGUAUCUUCUGAAGUUAAUUUCACUUCUACAGGGGCUCCCAAUGAAUUAGUCGAGGAUUCGAAGUUUGUUCCCUUGAAUGCUGAUGAUCCCAGAUAUGGUCCACCUGCAUUGCUGUUGCUGGGCUUUGAACUGGAGGAGGCAGUGAAGAUUCAAGAGCUGUUGAAAGAUUUGGACGGUGAAUUCAUGCAGGUUAUUCUUUGUACUGAAGAUAUGAUUACCCAAUCCCUGUGGGAAGCAGUUCAUACAAACCAACCAGUUUUGGCAAAAGUGAAGAUAGCCAGAUCAUUGCCGCGAAUCUGUUUCUUAUCCGGUCUUAGUGGAGAGGAAAUGAUGAUGUUCAUAGAUGCUUUUCCAGAAACUGGACUUGAACCAGCUGUAUUUGCUGCUCUUGUUCCGAACGCUGCUAAUAAACCAGUAGAAGAGUUAAUAGAAGAGAUCAUGGGGGACCAUGAAGCGCUGACUGGUGCUGCAUCAGAAAGGCCAUAGGCAAACACCAAACUAGAAAGCUGUUGGAGAAUUCUCAAACAUCUUCUUCCCCAUUUGUUCCUUCUGUUAUUUUUUGUUUUGAAAAUCAUUGUUCUUCUUUUUGUCUUAAAUCCAAUCUGGACUUGUCUUGCAUUUCAUUCAAUUAUGUAUGAUCUUAUAUCAUAUAUAUGGUGGUUGAUAUCAUACAAAUUAAACCUGAAGUGUUCCCCCCUCUUUUAAUCAAUUUUAUCUAUUUUAAAUAUUUAGAUCACAA